AUGAAGCUGUCUGUUUUUACCUCCGUCGUUCUCGCUGGCCUUGUUGCCGCUCAGCAGGAGAAGCUUCCCAAGUGUGCGCAACCCUGUGUUGAUCAGUACACCACUGGCGGGGGCGUCGCUGGAUGUGGCCAGCUCGACAUCAAGUGCAUCUGCAGCAACAAGAACUUCCUCUCUGGAAUCGCCUGCUGUCUCGAGAAGGAGUGCGAUGCUCAGGGCAAGGAUACAGCCGUCAAGUACGCCAAGCAGAUUUGCGCAACUGCCGGCGUGACCGAUCUCCCCGACGAUGUGAAGUGCGACAAGGGCGCCGCUUCUUCUGGCACUGCUUCUGGCACCGCAACUGGUGCCACCACCCCUACCUCGAGCGACAGCAGCAACACCGCCUCUGCCACCGGCGGCUCCUCCACUGUUGAGCCCAACGCUGGCGCGCGCGAGGGCGCCGCUGGUUUCAUCGGUGUUGGAAUGGCUAUGCUUCUUGCCCUAUAA